AUGCAGAUUGGCACCUUCCAGGAAAGGGGAGUCGGCAAGCCUCACAUGGAGGAUCGGCUGAUUGUUCGCGCCGGCAUUCCCGUGGAGUCCGUAGGUGCCGGCUGCAGGAAGAUCGUUGUCUCCUUGUUCGGCGUUUUCGAUGGUCACUCUGGUGCGUCCUGCAGUGACUUCGUAGCAACGAAUUUGGAUCGCGUCGUCUUCGAAUGCAUCCGACACCAGAACAAACGGGAGGUGAACAGCGACUUGGCCAUGCGAUCUGCCCUGCAAGCCGCGUUUCGCACGACGGAGCACAAUUUUUUUCAGUAUGCAAACAGGCUGGAUGCGGGGCCUGCAGCUGCCUGGACCAAUGCAGGAAGUACGGCCUGCACAUGCACCUUCUAUGGCCCAGAUGAGGAUGGCCGCCUGCGACUGGCAGUCGCCAAUGCGGGGGACAGCCGCGCCGUGUUGGGUCGGAAGGACUGUAGCGCCGUUCGGCUUUCUGAAGAUCACACGCCUGACGUACCUGGCGAGCGCAAGCGGAUUGAAACCGAAGGUGCGGCGGUGGUGCAAGCCAGCGGCAUCUGGAGAAUUGUGCUACCCAGCAAGAAGGGGACCGGCCUCGCUGGUCUGUCGGUGUCUCGUGGGUUUGGCGACAUCGAAUACAAGAUGGGCACCAACGUGGUGAGCGCGGUGCCCGAUGUCUUUCUGUCAGCCAUAGACCUGCGAGAGGACUGCUUCGUCGUCAUCGCCAGCGAUGGGGUUUGGGGUCCGGUUUCGGACGGCGAGGCUGUGAGGAUCGUGGCCGGUGCACUGCGCGAAGGCGGAGAGGACCCCACUCAAGAUUUGCCAAGCGAGGGCCGAACCCGGAAUUGGUUUCCUUUAUAUUUCUCGUUGCUUACCAGGGGUUUCGGAGAGUUUCGGAAAGUCUUCUUCCGUUUGGCGUGA